GGAAGUAAAUAUCGCGCUUCGAGAGACACAUAGAAGUCCAUAGUGAACGAUUAAUACAAACGCAAGAAGAGAAAUUUUACUCGGUAGUCAGAUGCUCUCUGUUGCUUUACUGCAAGCGAUACGUCUUCCUGAAUUGUGUGACUAGAGGAGAAGCGCUAAAUUGCUUUCACUGGAAAAACGUGAUAAAGAUGUUGAUGUUGAUUUUGCGUGAAGGCAAGAAGCGGUCACGUCCGAUAAUCCCGCAACUCGUACGUGGUAAAUGGAUUUCCCAGGAAUUAAACAAGGGAGACGAUUCGGUCGUAUGUACGUCCGGACUGGCACUUGCUUGCACCUGCUCGGCCACCGAUAAGAUUAUUUACAGCAUGAACGAAAUCGUAUUACACGCAUCUGUGCGCGGAAAUUGGCACGAACGCCGUUCCGGUUCUUUUCAAAACGACCAGCACGUUCUAAUUGCAUUUGCGAUUCACACUGGAAAUCUAAGUGACCAAACAAAAGCUGUGGUAUUGGAGAAAAUUGAGUGUUUAUUUAACAGAGGAAUUAUUUGUUAAUGAAAAAUUAUUUUUAAAUGUUUCGAAAGUUU